AUCACCGGUAAGGUAGUUGAAACCUCCGCCCAAUUUCGAUACACUCUAGACAAGACAUCAAUACUCUUCCCUUUCGCUUCUCUUUUUCAAAUAUAAAUCCCCUCACUUUUCUCCAUUUCUUUUCUUCUUCUCCAAAACACACUCUUGAACUCGUCGCCCAUCUCCAACAAUAAUGCCAGACCUUCUACAAUCCGCAUUCCUUCCUUCCACUUCCUCCCCAUUUCUUCGCGCAACCUACAGCAGCAGGCGCCUCCUGCAACUGCCUAGACCCACCAGGAAGACUCAAAUCUGCGCCAAGAUCCGCGAAAUCUUCAUGCCUGCCCUUAGUUCUACCAUGACUGAGGGCAAGAUCGUCUCCUGGAUUAAGUCCGAAGGGGAAAAACUCUCCAAGGGCGAGAGUGUUGUCGUCGUUGAGUCCGAUAAGGCUGACAUGGAUGUCGAGACGUUUUAUGAUGGUUUCCUUGCUAAGAUUAUGGUGGAGGAAGGUGGGGUCGCGGUGGUGGGGUCCGCUAUUGCUUUGUUGGCUGAGACAGAGGAGGAAAUCGCAGAGGCUCUGGCGAAAGCGGCUUCUACUGGUGGUGGUGGGUCGGCUGAGGCGGCACCGAGUGAGUCAGUGAAAGAGACAAAAUCGGAAGUGGAAAAGGUUGUUGAAAAGGUAGGGCCGUCACUGCCAGCGGUGCAGAAGGUGGUGGGGUUGAGUGUGCAUCCGGCGUCAGAGGGAGGGAAGAGGAUAGUGGCCUCUCCGUAUGCGAAGAAGCUGGCGAAGGAGUUGAAGGUUGAGCUGGGGAGAGUGGUGGGGACUGGGCCAUUGGGGAGGAUUGUGGCUAAGGAUGUUGAGGCGGCUGCGGCAGAGGCUACAGCUCCUAUGGCUGCUUCUUCUGGUGGGGUGGCAGCUAAGACAAUGCCUGCGGCAGCAGGAAUUGAGUUGGGAAGUGUGGUGCCAUUCACGACAAUGCAGGGUGCUGUGAGCAGAAACAUGGUGCAGAGUUUGAGUGUUCCUACUUUUAGAGUUGGUUAUACUAUUACCACUGAUGCUCUUGAUGCUUUGUAUAAGAAGAUCAAGUCCAAGGGAGUGACAAUGACUGCAUUGCUUGCGAAGGCGACGGCACUUGCACUGGCUAAACACCCUGUUGUGAAUUCUAGUUGUAGAGAUGGUAAUAGCUUUACAUAUAAUAGUAGCAUCAACAUUGCUGUCGCUGUGGCUAUAGAUGGCGGGUUGAUUACGCCAGUGCUUCAGGAUGCUGACAAGGCCGACAUCUACACAUUGUCAAGAAAAUGGAAAGAGUUAGUUGAUAAAGCUCGUGCCAAGCAGCUGCAACCUCAUGAAUACAAUACAGGAACUUUCACUCUUUCUAACCUUGGAAUGUUUGGCGUGGACCGUUUUGAUGCCAUUCUACCACCUGGAACAGGCGCAAUAAUGGCCGUUGGGGCAUCUGAGCCCACGGUUGUUGCAACCAAGGAUGGUCGGAUAGGAAUGAAGAACCAGAUGCAGGUAAAUGUUACAGCUGAUCAUCGUGUAAUAUAUGGUGCUGAUCUAGCUCAAUUCUUGCAAACCCUGGCAAAAAUUAUCGAGGAUCCCAAAGAUCUUACAUUCUAGUCAAGCAUCUCCAUCAUCAAUUGAGUUCUUCGCUUUUCUAAUUCUCGGAUAUCUUCAUUGUAUGUUCAUUUUCUCCGGUCAUCAAUACGUAAUCUUAAUGGUGUAGAAUCAUAUAUGCUGAAAAUUGUGGGAUCUAAUCACGUGUCCAAAGUCCCAAAAAAAACAGGAGCAGAUAGAUUUUGAAGUGCCAUGUUUAUUUCCCAUCUUAA